GGCCCCCGGCUGAGGGCCGCGGCGAGCAGGGAGCACGCAUAAAAGUCAUGGUGCGGCAGGGCAGCGGGAGGCUCCAUGAAGGCCGGCGGGGGGGUGACGGCGGUGGGCUCCGGGCAGCCCCCGGCAGCGGGCGGCAGGCGGAGGAGGCGUCGGAGGGCGGCUGCGGGUGGCGGAGGGCGGCAGCGGGCGGCAGCCAACGCCCGGGAGCGGGACCGCACGCAGAGCGUCAACACGGCCUUCAGCACCCUGCGCACCCUCAUCCCCACCCAGCCGGCCGACCGCAAGCUGUCCAAGGUGGAGACGCUGCGCCUGGCCUCCAGCUACAUCUCGCACCUGGCCAACGUGCUCCUGCUGCAGCAGGCACGGGAUGCGGGGACCCCCACCACCGCCGCCACCACAACGCCCUGCCUGCAGCACCCCGCUGCCGCCGCCUCGCCACGGCCCAUCUGCACCUUCUGCCUCAGCGAGCAGCGCAAGCGGCACUGGGGAGCAGAGAAGCUGCUGGUGCCCGGGGAGCUCCGCCGCUGCGAGGUGACGGCGCCCUGAGAGCAUCGCAUCCAAAGGCUGGGGGCUGUGGUCGUGCCAGGUCUGCUCAGGGCGCCUCGCGGAUGAAACCGAACCCUGCACAGACAGCUGCACCUGGCGCAGCAGCUGUUUUUGCUCCAGGACUGCUAAACCUGAGCGGCCGAGGCCUGACCCUGCGGCCUCACGACCCUGCACCACAUGAUGGAACUUGAGCUUCCCAAGGCAUCGCCGGCUCUUCCCCAGGGGAGAUGAAGAUGUGGAAAACACACUGGGCCCGGGUCUGGGCCAUGGCCACGUGGUGAUGCCACCU